GGUUCAUUCGAGCGGCGGGCCUGCAAGACUCUUCAAUGGAGCUCGAUGAAACUGCAUGUGCUCUGAUCAAGCAGCUUUUGCAGGAUGACAAAGCGGUCGUUGCCGAUACGACUGAAGAUAAAGAAUUCGAUGGAGGCGAAGAUUCGGGAGACAUCUCGUAUCGUUCCUUCCUAGUGGAAGUGAGAAAUGCCCAAGUUAAUUUUAUUGGCGAAGAAACAGUGCAAGAAGGAUGCGUUGUUCUAUCAAUUCCCAGCGGAAGAAUGAUAAAAUACUUGGGAUACCCUUUCAAAAAUGAAAGCGACGAAGUAUACGUUCCUUCCCACUUCAAGCUAAACGUCGUUAAUCUUCAAACAUACGUCGCUACUGGGCCCCUAAACGAGCCCCGCUCUCUCUUUAAAGGUUUGCUGGAAACAGAAAGGAAUAUCGAAAGAGUCAUAAAGGAAUGUAGCGCUGAAUUUCGAAUUUCCUCUGUGGUCGAAAUUCACGAGGACCAGCACGUGGCUGACAUUGUCAAAAGCGUGUCAAAAAUACCUGUUGACUCUGGAAGUGUCAUUAGUAAAAACCCCGGCGCCAUGUCUAUGUCCCUCGAGUGUCCUCUGGUCGACAUUACGACGGACAGCAGGCAGUACUCCAUCAUUACUGACGUUAUUCGAAGCCUUCUUGCUAGAAAUGAAACAGAAGUUGAAAAAAUACGUCAAGAUUUCGAAUAUAAACUCCAGCUGGCCAACGUGGCGGAUUAUAAAUCGAUGAUUCUCAGAAUGCAGAAUACUCUUCGUAAAGUUAAGCUCAGAAUCAACGAGCUCGAGUAUUUUUAUUAUCUUAGCGCUGACGAGAAGGCGCCGAGAGCGAAGUUUGACCAAUCAGAGAUAGCAGAGCUUCAAUUAGAGCUCAAAAAACAAAAGGAGUACGUCAAGUUCGCGAGGGUGCAAUUGAGGUGCCUCGUGGCUCACUAUAAAAAGCGCACCUUUAAAGACAAGCGCCUUCGUCAUCUCUCUUUACAUAAGCGUUCUGUGGUGAUCGUGCAGCACAUAGAAAUAGGCAUUGACUCCCUUAUUUGGUUCUUAAAGGGCCAGAUCCCCCAAGAAGUCCUUGAAGUUUCGAUGGGCCACUUAUUUUACCAGCAAAUCGCCUAUACGGACGACUCUACCGCUUUUACUUUUACGGGCCAAUACCUGAAUGUUACCAACAAAAUCCCAAAUGAUUUUUAUUUGAACGUAAUCGAAAGCUUCCAUAACACGGACACGAGGCGAAAGAUUCCCGUUUUUGAUAGAAACUUAGUGUUUCGGGUCUACCAGCGUGCCAAGCAACCCGUGGCCGGUAUUGAUGUCCGAGAGCACUUUGAAGUAAAUCUCGCUCCUUUGUCCAUUCAAGUCACCAAUAAGCUGUACAAGUUUCUUUUUGAUUUUUUCUUUCCUGGAAGAUUUGAAGAAAUUCCACCCGUAAGACCUCUUUUAAGCGAGGGCGUGCACAGCGAUAAAGACGUGAAUGCCCCUCCAUGGGCUCUCUUUGCGAGUGAGCUUGAACUUGAACCUUCGUUGACUUCUCUCAGAAGCAAAAAGUCUACAAAAGCGAAGCAUCUUAACUUUAGACGGGCCCAAACCGAUAAGCUUAUUUCCUGGGAAACCAGAGAUGAAGGUCUGGAGCUUGCAGACCUUAGAGAGAUAUCUUCCACGAGGAGCGUAGAUGACGUUUCGAUAACCUUGCUUACUAAUAAUAAAGCGCACAUCACGUCUUUCGAAGCGAGCCCUUCAAUAAGCACAAGAAAGUUGCUCACUUCCGGCUCAGACUAUUUCCUACGCAGAGGAGGAUUCUCUGCCCCGAGCAAUACUGCUGUAGAAGAGAGGAAGGCUGCAGCUAAAGAGACCCAAUCUGCUCAUCCUCCUUCUCAAGGACCACCUUCUUUGAAACGGACAACCAGCCGGUCGAACGUUUUUAAAGAAGCAGACACUUCUGAAAAGUCCAAAGAGGUUGAUACUAUUGAGAAAAUGAAAGACAGAGCCGAAAAAAAUAUAACAUUCUUGUACAUAAAACUCACGCAGGUACAGUUACGUGUAAGCUAUAAGGCCAAUGAAAAACACAUAUUGAACUGCGAGGGGUUCGUUUUCAACAUACCCUCCUUGGAAUAUCACGAGCACACGUGGACCUGGCUGGAUCUGUUUAUGCAGAUAAAGAAAGACUGCAUUAAACUUCUGCUUCAGCAGCUUAUAGUGCAAAAGUUUGCGGUUAAAAAUACCGCAAAAGAGAAGUCCGCGAGCGUUGAGGGUUCCUCCGCGAGUGAGAAGGAAAAACUUGACUACGAAAAAGCCCAAAAGCUGUUAGGAUUGUCCAGGCACAGAGCUGCGCAUAGCAGGACAUCUCCCGUGCGGAUACCUUCUGACCUUUCAGAGCGCGCUGAAACGGACAACAGUGAGACCAAUGAUUCAGAAUCUUUGGACUAUUGUUAUCCGCUAAAUGAACAAGACGAACAACUGGAGCGUGUUGAGGGGAGUGAAAAGCAGAAACACCCAAAAUCUCCCUUGGCUUCUUUUUUAAGUAAAUUAAAGUCUUCCUCCAAUAAGACCGGAACACGAGCUCUUGAUUCAAAAAAAGACAAAAAAUAA